UGUCCAAUCAGCGCUCGUUCUCCGAGAAAGACAUCUAGAGGGCGUGCUCAAGCAAAAUAGCUUGGCGCGAUUGGUCACACUGCACCUGGCGUUCAUGACUGGCGCUUCUUCACAGUACAAUCAGCGAUCGUUCCGAACGAGCAAUUCAAAGGGGGCGGGGGGCGAGGAGGAGGGUGGUGCGUCUCCGUGGCUACGGCGGCGUUUCAGGCAACUCUUGUACUCACAUUUCACGCUUCCGUUCGUCGUGUUUUCUUUAGGGUGUUGGGAGAUUUCCCCUCCGCGGGAGGCGCUUCCGGUGUGUGUUGAGUGACAGUGACAAGAACUUUUCUGCAGAAAAGCAAGAGGAGCGGUGGUGGGCGGGGUUAAACAGACAUCGUGGUGGCGUCACAGAUGGCAGGAACUUCCAGGCACGACCGGGAGAUGGCGCUCAACGCCAAACGGCAGCUGACGUCAUGUUCCGACCCGCUCGAGAGACUCCGCCUCCAGUGUCUGGCCAGAGGCUCGGCUGGCAUUAAAGGUCUCGGAAGAGCGUUCCGGAUCAUGGACGAUGACGCCAACCGCUCCUUGGACUUGAAGGAGUUCCUUAAAGGCAUCCACGAAUACGGCCUCCUGAUGGACAAAGAGGAAGCGCUUGCCAUCUUCCAGCGCUUUGACCGCGACGGUAACGGCUCCAUCGACUUUGACGAGUUCCUAAUCACGCUACGGGUAAAUGCGCCAUGCCGACCAUGUCCCCAACGCCACUCCGCUCUGUUGCGACUGAUGGCGACCUGUCCUUGGCAGCCUGCCAUGUCCAAGGCUCGCAGAGAUGUGGUCAUGCAGGCCUUCCACAAACUGGACAAGACCAAAGAUGGCGUGAUCACCGUAGACGACCUUAGGGGUGUCUACAAUGCCAAGUAUCACCCCAAAUACCAGAACGGCGAAUGGAGCGAGGAGCAGGUGUUUAGGACCUUCCUUGACAACUUUGAUUCGCCAUAUGACAAAGACGGGAAGGUGACACACGAAGAGUUCAUCAACUACUACUGCGGCGUCAGUGCCUCCAUCGACAACGACGCUUUCUUCAUCCUUAUGAUGAAGAAUGCGUGGAAGCUCUGAAAUUUCGACUCCUCACCGGCACAGGGAUUUUUUUCUUCUUCUAAGGAGUGGACCUGGAGUUCCAAAAAAGUCCACUAGAAAUCCCCAUGUAGUGAUUGUGGAGUCGGGAAUGAUUGCCAACGGAGUUCAUCGUUGCCCACUCCCCGAUCGUUACAAACGCAUUUUCAUUCAGGUGAGGUGGCCGACUUACAAAUGAACUGACGCCAUUCAUCCAAUACACUCGAGUCAGGAUUGUUCUACAGUGGACUGACUACAUAGUGGACUGCAGCCCAUUGGACUAGUUGACUCGAUGGCUGAAAUGAUCCAACUAAAAUUUGCGCAUUAGGAAUUGUGAUAUGGUUGACUAGGAUAUGCCCAAAGGAUCUACUUUAGGAUUGACGUUUACAUAGUGCAGUGGAUUUAAUGAUUGAUUGAAUAGUGCACCAUCUCUGGGGGCAAGUUGACAGAGGGCAGAAAUCAUGAAUCGUAUACUCUUUCAUCCUGCGAGGUAGUGGAAUAUUUGGCUGAAAUGAAAACAGAAGUUGUUAUCAUGGCAACGUCCUUCCGUAACAAAUAAAUUCAGUUGCGAAAGGAA